ACUACUCCUUCCGCAGAUCUAACAUCCUCACUCUCAAAUCUCAACGACUCCUUGAACAAUUUAUAUAAUCCCGGGAACUCCCUUUGAGAUCUGCGCUCAAACUUCAGUACCAUUGAGACGAAGCUUAGCAUUCUCUCACUUCCACUGUUGGGUUUCUUCAGAAAAAUAUAUUGACUGGAAUGGCUCUCCGGAAACCUGGUUUAAUUGCUUUAUUUGAUGUUGAUGGAACCCUUACUGCUCCGAGAAAGGGGGCCACUCCAAAGAUGGUAGAGUUCAUGCAAGAACUCCGCAAGGUUGUGACUGUUGGUGUCGUGGGAGGAUCUGACCUUAGUAAAAUCUCAGAGCAACUUGGAAAGACAGUUACUGAUGACUACGACUAUGUAUUUUCUGAGAAUGGCCUUGUGGCUCACAAAGAUGGGAAGCUAAUUGGCACCCAGAGCUUAAAGUCAUUUCUUGGAGAUGAUAAACUCAAGGAAUUUAUUAAUUUUACGCUUCAUUAUAUUGCUGACUUGGAUAUCCCUAUAAAAAGGGGAACAUUUAUAGAGUUCCGAAGUGGAAUGCUCAAUGUAUCGCCAAUUGGGCGAAACUGCAGCCAAGAAGAAAGGGAUGAAUUUGAAAAAUAUGAUAAGGUUCAAAAUAUUCGCCCGAAAAUGGUCUCCGUGCUUCGUGAGAAAUUUGCUCACCUUAACCUGACAUUUUCAAUAGGAGGACAAAUAAGCUUUGAUGUUUUUCCUCAAGGUUGGGACAAGACAUACUGCUUGAGAUACCUAGAUGAUUUUCAUGAAAUCCAUUUCUUUGGUGAUAAAACUUACAAGGGAGGAAAUGACCAUGAAAUUUAUGAAUCAGAACGAACCAUCGGUCACACAGUUACCAGCCCUGAAGAUACAAUGGAGAUGUGUAAAACUCUCUUCCUUGCAACUUCUUGAGCAUCUGGCCAUUCUCUUCGACUGUGUGCCAUUUGUAAUUUAUAUUUAUGAAUAAGCAUUUUUUUCCCUGAGCUACAUGUAUGUGCAUGCUAUGCACAGGGAUUCUGUCUGUAUGAAAAGAUAUUGUCAUACAUUUUUAAGUAUGUUUCCUUACAUA